AUGUGGGUUAAUUUCCUCCUAGAAUCAGAUGGGUCUUCUCCAUUUCCUCCUGUAGGUUUCACAUCAGGUGGGUCUUCUCCAUUUCCUCCUGUAGGUUACAGAUCAGAUGGGUCUUCUCCAUUUCCUCAUGUAGGUUACAUAUGGUGGGUCUUCUCCGUUUCCUCCUACACCGAAUCAGGUGGGUCUUCUCCAUUUCCUCCUUUGAACACCGAAUCAGGUGGGUCUUCUCCAUUUCCUCCUGUAUACCAGUAUCUUUGGCUUUCCGUACUUGUCUUUAGGGCUGGAUCCCAGUAUCUCUGUCUUUCCGUCGUUGUCUUUAGGGCUGGACAUGAUCAGAUGGGUCUUCUCCAUUUCCUCAUGUAG